UUUAAAAAAUAACCUCCUUGUUUCGUCUUUUUUGUAACGGAAUGCAAAUUAGUUUGCCAGACAUUUUGUUGAACAAAUAAAGGAAUUUAAUUUAAAUUCAUUUGUCAGGAAAAUUGAAGUGAAUUUAAAUCUUUCAGAGAUUGAAUAAUUUUUGAUUCCAUGAAUCGGAUCCAUUCGGAUCAUUAUCCUUCUCUCACUUUAGAAUGUUGUUUGUUUUUGUUUUCAAGAAUUGUAUUUUUUCUACCAUGGAUCUCUUAAUUACUAGUUAAUUAUAUUAAUCUCUUUUUUACUCAGCUUAUAAUCUACAUUGUUCCCAUCUCAAACUUGGUUAAUCCUCAAUCUUUGGUUUUAUUUUUAAGAAAAAUAAAACCUGCCAAGGAAACUGGCUUCCAUAAGUUGAAAAGGGUUGAUCUCAUCUUGAUAAUCGAAUAGUGUUCGUUUUGUCAUCAUCUACCACAUUAUUCUCAUCAUCAUCAACAUCAACACCAUCAUCAUUAACAACAAUAACAUCAAAACAAUCAACAAUAGAUAACAUCAACAUAAUCAACGCCAUCAUUUUACUUCAACAGACUCCUGUUUAAAUCCAUUCAUUCAUAGUCCAGAUAUGCCAGCCUUUUUUCUUGAUACUCCGGAGAUAUUGCCCUUACCUAGUCUACAAGCUUACACAACUAUCAGUGUUUUAUUAUUAUCAUGUUCGGUUUGGUAUGCCUUUCAGGUAACUAGUGAGCCCGAUUGGAAACUUAAUGCCACUCUUACAGUAGACGUUACCCUUGGUACAGAGGCUUUAAUCAAUCGAAGUCUUGAAACUGAGGGUGGAAGCCUUUUAGUUAGUCAAGGACUAUCAGGCAUUCUAUCCUCUAUCAAUGAAACCUCUAUUCAUCUUGGUUUUCUUCUUGACUCACCUGUCCUUAAACGUUCCAUAGAUAUACUUUUUCUCAUGUUAAAUGAGCCACUCUGUGUUUGGACUCUUAUCAACAUGGCCUAUUGCUGCCUCAUAUUAUUGGGAAAAGUUAUCCAAACUUUGGUCUUUGGUGAACUGCGGGUCUCUGAACAGCAACACAUGAAGGAUAGGUUUUGGAAUUUUAUUUUCUACAAAUUUAUUUUUAUUUUCGGUGUUAUGAACGUGCAAUCAAUGGAUGAAGUUGUCCUUUGGGUAUCCUGGUUUUCGAUUUUAGGGUUCCUUACCCUUUUAGCACAUUUAUGCAAAGAUCGAUUCGAGUAUUUAUCAUUAUCUCCUAUGACACCGAAAUGGACUCAUUUUCGUCUUCUCCUUCUUCUUUCUGUCAUCCUUGCAUCAUCAUUUUCACUUUUCGUUGUAUGUAUUGUGAUAGGCCUACAUGCUGGCCUUAAUACAUUUGCUUUUAUGGCUGCCGAGUGUUCUCUGGUAGCUAUGCGGACAUUAUACGUCUCGAUACGUUACGCUAUUCACCUUUGGGAUCUCAAUCAUGAAGGGGUCUGGGAAAAUCGAGCAUCAUAUGCCUAUUUCACUGAAUUAAUCUUUGAGCUCACUCUCCUCUUUAUUGACCUCUUACAUCAUCUUCACAUGCUUUUCUGGGGUAAUAUUAUCCUAUCUGUAGCAAGUUUGGUGAUAUUGAUGCAAUUAAGAUAUCUUUUCUUCGAAAUUAACCGAAGAAUCCGUAAACAUAAAAAUUAUCUCCAGGUUGUACGUUUAAUGGAAGCUAAUUUCCCUAUGGCAACCACUGAAGAAUUGGAAAAAAGUAGUGACGAUUGCGCCAUUUGCUGGGAUAAAAUGGAAGCCGCCCGCAAACUGCCUUGCAGUCAUCUUUUUCACAAUUCAUGUUUACGCUCAUGGCUUGAACAAGAUACAUCAUGUCCAACUUGUCGUACUUCAUUGAAACAUCGAACUGAAGAAGAUUUAAAUGAAGAUGAUAAUCUUAACAAUGGAACAGAUAGAGACAAUAACAGAGGAAAUGGAGGACGAACAAAUUUCUUCCAUUUUGAGGGACCUCGAUAUGCUUCUUGGUUACCGAGUAUUUCAGUUGAAGUGACCCGGCCACUCAGUUCAGUGCAUCUCAGUCCACCAGCAAAUCUGAACUGAUUGUAUAUUUACAAUUACAAUACAUUAAUAACAAUUGUUCAAACCAAAAAAACUGAUCAAUUGCUAAUCAUCACCACACCACACAAAUACAAUGAUUUUACUGAUCUAUAAUUUUCUUGUUCAAUGGUGAAUUUUGAAAACGUUGAUUAUCGCUCAUCACUGAACAUAAAAAAUUGAAUAAAUUUAUUCUGGUAAAUAAAAGGAAGCAAUAAUGAUGAUAAUAAUAAUCUUGAAGAUAAAAAAAAUUAGAAGUAAGUUUAAUUUGAAAAUCAUCACUCAAACAGAGAUGAGAUAAAUUUCAUUUGCAUAUUCAUUGUUAUUGUUAUUACGGAACGAUAUUCAACAAAAAAAAUUAACCUUUCCUUACAUUUUAUCAUUGUAACAUUGUGACUAUUAUUAAUAUUUAAAUAAUGCAAAUUAUAAAUCAUUGUGAAUCAUUUUUAA